GCCUCAUCACCGUGGGUUCAGCCAAUCAAAAUGAAGAAGACAUUCCCGUCAAUCCAUUUCCCGCCAUUUUGAAGUUCGAGAGUGAUACCGCACUGUGGUAGAAAAUAACUUGGAUUAUUGAUGGAGAAGUAGAACAAUUUGACUCCAGCCAGGCCAAACGGGAAUUGAGCAAUCAUGAGUAAAAGACAAGCUCCAGACAGUGACCAGCAUGGGCGAAACGGUAAACUGAGGAAGAGGGGACAGAAUCUUCCCUCAGCAGAUGAAAACGUAGAAAUCAUUGAUGUCGAAGAUGGAGAAGAAGAAGAAGACUGGUUUAACAUGACGAUGUCCAAACAUACCCAUACAUGGCAAGAUGACAGCCAGUCCAGUAGACUCAGGACCUACAGUGCUCGAAGUGCCCGCGCUGAGCGCAGGAAAAACAUACAGGAUCAGCAGAAUGAACUGAUCGGUGAUGAAGAACUGUUUGAUACCCAGCUUCAGAAAGCCUUGGCCCUGAGUAAGCAGGAGGCUGAGAAGAGCACCUUCCAACAACAGGCGGAGGAGGAGGAACUUCAGAAAAUACUGGAGCGGUCCAGAGUGGAGAUAGGUACACCUGUCAGAGCUGCGCAGGUGGAGACAGCUGAAGAUGUAUUUCUCAGCCCAGGUGCAUCUCUCAGCCCAGGUACACCUUUCAGCCCAGGUACACCUCUCAGCCCAGGCCAGAUGAAAGCAGGUACAUCUGUUAAACCAGCACAGGUGAAGACAGGUGCACCCGUCAAAGGUCCACCUGUGAAACUAUCCCAGUUAGAGACAGCUGCAGGUGCAACUGUGAGAGCAACCAAUGUAAAGACAGUUGCACCUGCAAAACCAGCCCAGGUGAAGACAGUUGCACCUGUGCAACUAGCCCAGGUGGAGACAGCUUCAAAUGCACCUGCCAGAGUAACCCAGGUGGAGACAGGUUCACCUGUGAGAGGAACCCAGGUGGAAGAAACAGAUGCACCUGUGAAACAAACCAAGCCGAAGACAAACGGACCAGCGUGUAAGAAAAAAGCCACUGUGGAGACAGCGGAAAGUGCACCUGUCAGACGUGAGAAAAAAGUGGACACAGGUGCAGCUGUCAGACGAGCAGAGCUGGAGAAUGGUGCACCUGCCAAGCCAUCCCAACCGUCGAAGGCAGGCGCAGGCUUAAGCCCCAGGUGCAACUCUCACGGACACGUGGAGGCACACAGGACAACUAAACAACUGCAGGGAAAAGCAGAGGAGGAAAAAGUGAAGAAACAUCAAACCAAGGUGAAAAGAAGAAGACAAAUUUCUCUGGAUUAUAUGGAAAGUGGCACUGGGGAAAGGUGGAUAAAGAAGAGACGGGUUGUUUAUCACCAUGGUAAUUUUGUGAGAAGACCAGGAGUUGACACAGCCAAACAGACGAAGUACAUCAUCAAGUGCCUGGAGAACUACAGACUGAGACUGUACCAGGCGCAGAGACAGCAGCUCUCCAAACUGGACUGGGGAAAACCUUUGGAAGCUGAGGAUGACACAAAACCAAGAAGCAGGAGAAGGAAGGGAACUUGGACUGCAGUUUCUCAAGAAGACGAUGCCGACAAUUCCCAGCCUGCUGACCAAGACACACAAAAUGGAGCUCUGGCCACACUUGACAAAGACAACAAAGAUGGAACUAUAGAUCUUGACACCUUUGAGUUUGAUAAUGACACCCAAAAUGGAACUGACCAUGCAGUAAGAAACGGUACUGAAGCAGGAUCCACUUCAAAUAGCAGAACAGAACCCAGCAGGAAUGAGCGAGUGAUGCAGUCUUGUUUCAUCUGUGGCAAGGAGGUACCUGAAGAUGAACUCCAAGAACACAUCAACAAUGAACUUGACAACAGCUCAUGAGGACAGCGUCAAGAAUCAAAACUUACCAAAACUGCUGCCUGUAUACCUGAAGCAAAUAUAUCCUUGCCAAACAGCCAGAAGUAUUUGUUCUUCUGGCCUCAUUGUUUUAAUUACUAGUAGGUAAACAGCCAAUCACGUAGCCUCAUGAGGGUAAUCUGCAAUCUGAUUGGUUGGUG